ACAAGUACAGGACCCAGAUUCCACGCAACAUGAUUCUACUUGCAACCCGCACGUGUUACAUAACAAACACCUUAUAAGCAGCUUGCUGCUUGCUUGCCCAACUUGCAUCCCGGCAUCAGUCACCUCAACAUCAUCAACAAUCCAUCAUGGCUUUCCAGAAAAUCCUACUUGUAGCUCUCCUCAUAGCAUCGGUGGCAUUUGGCCGCUCCCUUGUCAACUUGAAUCGAGGGUUGGACAUUGCGUUACACAAGAGAAGUCUUCCGGCCGUUGAUGACUUCCAUCACAGAUCCCUACAAAGAAGAGACUCGAUUCCUACCCAAGGAAAGGAAGGAGCCGAGGAACAAAAAGAACAGGCCAAUCAACACGGUGACUUGAAGACUGGCGCGCUGAAAACGUCGGAAAACGUCGUGGCUGGUUCCCAAGAUCCCAACAACGUUGGCUCAAAACAGAACAAUCAAUACGGGGACAACAAAGUACAUUCGGUUACUUUUCUUCCUACUCCAGGACAUCACGAGGACGGUCCUUAAUCAGAAGGAGUUCGGCUCCGAAAUGAGGAGGAAAUGCGGCUUCAUGUCAAGAUGCAUCAGUAGUUUGAACCCGGCCUGCAGAAAAGUCUAUCCAUGACAUUGAAGGAUUUCACCAACUUGUUUCCUUUCAACUUAUGAAAUAAAUUAUUGCGCCCUUUUCACGGAAUCAUUUUCAAGACAUAUUCUUCUUUCUUUUACUGCUGUUGCUGCAACUGCAUGUUGUCAUUCUUGC